AUGUCCUCCUUUUUCCUCCGCGGUUUUGCAUUUUUCCUUGUUUGCGCUUUUGUUCAAGCCGGAGAACAAGACAGAGAUCAUUUAUCCGUGGGAAUUAUGAUCAAACCAGAGAAUUGUCCGAGGGAAACGAAAGAUGGAGACCUGUUAACAGUGAGGUUCAAUAAUACUCUUAUUGAUCAAACGCCAGUUCUACCAACGAGGUGAGUUAUUAAAAGUUAGAAUAUUUCGUCAUGCUUCUGAGCAAAUUAGGAAAAUAAGUUUAGCUUAGAGUUUUAUUUACCUUCAUGAGCCAUGCAAUUUUCUUUUUAAAAUUUUAUUUGCAGUUAUUCAUGAAAUAAGCUUGCUUUCCUUUUUACAGUCCAUUCAACCUUAAAAUUUACAUUUGUUCCUGCAAUUCAAAAAUUUGCAAACUAAGCAAUUGAUACACUGUGUUCUACAAAAGCGUUGUGCAGCAAGUUAGUAUUAAAUUGCGCAUGCAUUUAAAACAUUUUAAUACACCACAUCGAAUAAUGCGUUAAAAACAACUGUACACUGUCUUGAGGGUCAGUUAAGUACUGUACUGUUCCGAGAUUCGAGGUAUACCAUUGUAUAUCCCGAAUCAGUAAGAGAAGUCCUGUAAGUCUGAAAAUCGAAAACUAUUCCUGUUGAUUCUCUCUUGGUGCAAUUGAGAAAACUUGAAAAAUAAAUCCAUAAUUAUAAAGUAAAGGGAAUAACUUGAACCCAAGACUGACACUUUUAGAGAUGUUGUUCGUCGAGAAAUCCGACUAUAUUCUUGUUGGCUUAACUUGUCUUGAGACACCUUUGAUCAUAGUCGUGACAACGUACCAUUUGAUAGUAUUCUUUGCAGAAAGUAUCCAUCGAAUGGUUGAGUUUCCUUCGCUACUUUAAAUGACUGCAAUUCGCAUCGAAAACCAUGCACUUUGACACUAAAUGUUUCCGUUUUGGUAUGAUAAUGGAGAAAAUACGCAAUAUUGCUGAACAAGGCUAACAAAGUGUAAAACCUCAGAUAACUAAGGGAAGAGUCCAUGAUAAUGAAGAUCCAGUUGCGCGCAUGCCUCAGCUCUUGUUUUUGAAAUCACGGCUGUUAUAGAACAGGUUAUUUGCAAAGACAACUUUUUUCGGCUAUAUUCCCGAAACGACUGCAUCGUUUUCUUUAAGGUCUUUCUCGAUUAGAACAUUGUGGUACCGUCUGGGUUUGGAUGAAGGGGAGGUGAUGGUUGAACAUUUAUCCGUUUUUGACUAUAACAACUUUCCUAACUCCUCUAAUUAUUUAGUUCUCGCGACUUACCUCGUCAAUGUCAUUAGGGACCUUAAGCAACGUGAACGUUGACGUCACGGACAUCAAAAUGGCAACCGGAAGUUGAUAUUGUCUCUCUUUCACUGCUCUAAUUCGACAAAUUCGUACAGCGGGAGUUAAAACAAAGGCAUUAAAAUUCACUGCGUGGGACAGAAGCUUUCCAUUUAUAAGCGAGACAUCGAACUUCCGGUUGCUAUUCAUGACGUCCAGGACGUCAGCGCUUUCUUUGCUUCAGCUCGCUACUUUUGACUGCGAGCAGUCCCCUUUCAGUCAGUCGAGUCAAGGCUCGGCAAGACUAACACCGCGGCAAAACGCAAUGCGCAUGAGCACAAAAUUUAAUAUCCGGUUAGCUUUUUAUUUCCGGUCCAGUAUAUAAACCAAUAGCGUAAGCAGAACUUUGCCGUCGCGCCAAGUUUAAAAGCAAAAAGGGCGAAACAGACAAAAAAGGGGGCCAAAAAAAUCACUUCAUUCGAAAGCUUAUAUAUUUUUCUAUUCUCAAACUUUUGCACCACAUGGUUAUCUGUUUGCACCAACGGUGAAAAUCAUGUUUGAAGUUUGCAGGUCGCGAGCGCUCGACAAGACGAAUUUGUUUUUACUGGCUUUCUUGCAUGCUACUGGUUUGGCAUAAGUCAAUUUGGGAGAAGGCGACAACUAAGAAAAGAAUAACAAUACUUAUGAAAGAAACCAAAAUAAAGACGUCAUCAUUAUCAUAAAAAACACUAAAACCAGGAAAAAAAAUUUAAGUCCGUUCAAUAAUUUGUUUUAUUAUCAGAGAAAACAAGAACUCAAAACAAAAGAUGGGCGGGAUUUAAUAACAACUUUGACUUUGAUGACUGCAGUCACCGGGAAACUAAACAUGCCUAUAAAUGACUUUCAUUCAAGAAAAUGCCUAUUUAAUUCUUUUACAUGGUUGUUCUUUUGUUGAAGACUUCAAUAAUUUCAGACUGUGCGGCUCGGAUGCAUCUCAUGCAAACACGAAACUUCUAGCUGCUAAAUACAUGGCAUGAAAAGUUCGACCUCUAAAAGCCACUGAACCAGCUUUCGCUCUCUGAUUCUGAGAAUGGAAAAAUAAAUAAAUAGAGUUGUCAACUUGCUGCCAACCGGCUCAACAGUAUAAUUAGGCUUAUGUUUCAUGGCAAUCAACCCAGAAGAGUUUCGUUUUAAAACACGGUAAAACCCACUGGUAAACAAAUAAAGUUUGAAUCGGCUUUAACGCAUGUAGACUGAGAAACUGAAGAACUGAAAAUUAGAACUACAAUACACAAGCUUGCAAUGAUAACGUUUUAAUUUUAUGUCUUAGUUUCAGCCAGGUUAAGUGAAAAAUAUUAAACAGUCAAAAAAUUUAUUUUCGUGAAUGAAAAUCAGUUUACCUGACGCUCUAGCCAAAAUUACACACUGAGUUAUUAUCAUCUUACCUUUUCUGAAUCUAAUCGACUAAUUGUUUCAGUGAUCUGUGCCUGGUUAUCCAUAAAAGCAAUUUCAAUAAAUACAAAAUAGUCAAAAACACGGGCAGCAUGAAGCAGAACAACUGAACCACAAGCUGCACACAGAAUGAAGCUGAGAGCGCGCGGGAGACUUUGACUGGAACGUGUGACUGAAAAAGAGACCGGAAAUGCUCAAGCUGGCGCAUGCGUAAACGUUUUGCCGCGGUGUUGGCAAGACUAGACUGGAGAUAAGACUGGAGAGAGCGAAAUUGCCAAGAGGAGAACUGGAGAGACAGAGAGAGGCCCCACCCCAGUUUCCCCUCGGCUGACCUUGUUUUUUUUUUUUUUUUUCGUUCGCAUCGCUCGAUUUCCUCGCUCGCACGACCACCCUGAGGGACUGCUCGCAGUCUAAUGUGAUUAAAGCGUUCUAAACUGCCAUAUCUACCAUGAUUACGUUUCCUAAAUCCUUUUUUUUUUUUCAGUGAAUUCGAGUUUGUUCUUGGUGAAGGACAAGUAAUCGCCGGUUGGGACCUGGGUCUGCGCGACAUGUGCGUCGGUGAGCUCCGUGAACUCGUUGUUCCGCAUCAGUACGGAUAUGGGGAAUUCCCCGUGGGAGAUAAAAUUCCCCCUAGAGCACUUCUUGUGUUCUAUGUGGAGCUGCUUAGAAUAGGCGAUCCGAGUGAGGACAUGGCUAAACCCAACAUGUUUAAAGAAAUUGAUGUCAACGGAGAUGGCAUGAUUUCACACUCAGAGGUAGGACGAAAAAUCCGUCGACUGCCGCUUAACCCUUUAAACCCUAAGAUCAAAAUUUGAAUUCUCAUUUGUUGCUUCUAUUCAUUUCCUACAGAGGUAGUGGGGAGAAGUUGAAAAAAUAUCAAGCAAAUUCAUCUUGACUGAUCAUGUCCGUAAUUCUCAUGACCACUCUGUUUUACAAAGCAUUAAUAGUACGAGGAGAAAUUUGAUGCUGAUCACUUUUAGGGCUUAAAGGGUUAAAAGCCCUGGGCUUUUACAUCUUCGUAAGGGGUUUUAGGAACGCUUAUAAACGGAGGGGCUUCGCUUCUAAACAACCUAAGGCAGUGAAGAUUCAAUUACGUUUUGCAUUUACUGGUUUUUAGGCUUCAAAAAGUCAUAAUAAAUCGAUUACAUUUCAAUACAACUUAAAGAGGGGCUUUUAAUCUGACGUAUUUUUUGCUAAAAGGUAGAUGGUAAGACUGGCAUGUAAUUGGGGUGGGACUAUUAAGGGAGAGGGGAGUAUAAACUGCAGUUUACGCCAGCAAAGUUUAUGUUGUUAACUUCGUGUCAUAAUCUCUUAGCUUGUUCGACCCUUUUAGCUUCACUAACUUUCCCGCGAAUUGAUCUGACUAAAAUUCAAUUGAGUGGUUGAGCAUUAACAGCACUGAUAAGACUAUUAUUAUGGAGAAUCGGAUAGGUUGAUCUCACAUGCAGAAUUUAUGUUUCCGGUCAAAGGCUGGAAAAUAUGAUUGCUUCGCAAUCCCAAUAUCUCUCGCUAGUGAUACCUAUAACGAAAUAAAAUUUUCCCCAAAUGUACAUCGUGAGGUGUACUUGUGCCUUAACGCACAAUUAUCGUGGUCACGUAACAUAUCACGUGUGAGUAACUGAAGCAAUAUUUACACUUUUAAAAUGUUGCAUGUCGAUAAGGUAUUUCUGUGUCCCAAAUCUCGAUUCAGUUCCAUCCUCUUCGCUAAAUUUAGACGAUAAAUAAUUUUUUCCUUGGUAAUCCUUUUAUAUCCAGGCCUUAAAUUACUUGAGAUUGAAUUGUUCCCAGGUCAUGCAGUUGUAGAUAAAAAUGCAAAUAAAACUCACAAGAAAAAAUAAAAAAUGCGGUUUUGCGCUUGCCCUUGGCCCCGCUCUGAAAAUGAUAGUAAUCAUUGCCGGAUCCAGACCUUGAAAUAAGGGGGGCGGUCAUCCAGACUGUUAGAUAAGGGGAUGGGGGGUGGCGACGGUCGCAUAAAAUUUUUUUGGGGGGCCCUUUGGGCCUCAGUUUGGUCUAAAAAUAAGCCCCCCAGGCCCCUCCCCUGGAUCUGCCAAUGGUAAUGGCUUAAUGCUAUUGUUUUUUAUCACAGGUUGCAGGUUAUCUUAGGCGAGAGGGACUUUCAAAUGGUGAAGGGGAUGAAAGCCAUGACAACCUCAUGCAGGAAAUCUUCCAUGAAGAAGACAAAAAUAAAGAUGGCUACAUUUCACACGACGAAUUCCAGGGAUUAAAACAUGGAGAGUUAUAAAACAGUUUAACCACAUUAUUUUAAUUUAUAGGUACCUGUAAUUUACAUCAACAGAAAGAAAAACAAAUUUGAAUUAAACAGUAGGAAUCAUGUUUGUUUCAUUUUCCUUAGGGCGCUUGAAUUUUAAGGUAGUUUUUUUCCAGUUUUUGCACCUUAUUUCUAAAGUCUGGAAUUUUAUUGCAAUAGCUGAAUGAAUUUUAAUGAAGAUAUCCGCGCUUGUUUGAAAUAAAAGUUAUCAAAACGUAUCAAAUAAUAAUGAUAGAACGUUGUUUCGUGUUUAUGGUCGUGGCAUCACCACCAGUGAUAGGGGUCCUCAAUAGGUUUUUGGGAUCCAGGUUUCCCUUAUUUGAAGCUCAAGAUUCGGGAUCUUAAAGCAAAAACUGCAUGGCAAGAUUCAGGACUGAACGUGUAUGCGCGAG